GUGACCGAGGCCCUGAGACCAGAGCUGACCUGCGGCUGGACUCCUCGUGACCGAGGCCCUGAGACCAGAGCUGACCUGGGGCUGGACUCCCGUGACUGAGGCCCUGUGACCAGAGCUGACCUGGGGCUGGACUCCCCAUGACCAGAGCUGACCUGGGGCUGGACUCCCCUUGACCGAGGCCCUGAACCCCCUGAGUCCAGAGCUGACCUGGGGCUGGACUCCUUGAGACCAGAGCUGACUUGGGGCUGGACUCCCCGUAACCGAGGCCCUGGCUCUGGUGUAUGAGGCUGACUCUCGUGAAUCCACUGGUGGUGGGCAGGCAGGCGGCAUGACUGAGGAGAAAUGUCCGCAGCUGCUCGAUUACUUUGUGGUGGCGGGGCUGGCCGGGCGGUCGGCCCCCCUGGACGAGGAGGGGCAGCAGAGGGGGGGCCGGCUGGUGGAGCCCGUGACAGACCUGGCUGUGAUCGCCCGCGGCCUGGGGGAGGACGUGCCCGAGGGCUUCACCUGCAUCGAGAAGACCCUGGGAGGGCACCCUGCCGAGCUGAGCGCAGGCCUCAUCAACAACCCCCACAUGUUCCUGUGCUACCGGAGGGGCCACGACAAGGCCCCCGUCCUGGACCUGGGGGUGCUGUACGAGGGGAAGGACCCUGCGAAGCCCGGCUGGCAGGUGAUCGAGACCACGCCCUACAGCCGCUCGGCCAACCUGAGCUCCGGGGGGCCGGCCACGCACCGCACCUUUCUGACGUACCGACGGGCCCCAGACUCUCAGGCCCUCAACACGCUGGCCAUCACCGACAUCUCCCUGCUCCUCCCCAGCAAGGGGGAGACCGCACCCCACACCUUCUGCAGAGUGGACAAGAACCUCAACACUGGCAUGUGGGGCCCCGCUCUAUACCUGUGCUAUAAGAGAGCCGUGGCCAAAGCCAACGCCCUUGUGUACGAGGCCGGCCUGAUUAGCCGCUAUCCUGAGGCAGACUUGGAGUCCUUCCCUCUGCCAGACUCUGUGCCCGUCUUUUGCCUGCCCAUGGGCGUCACUGUGGAGAGCUGGCCCCUCAACACCAAGUACCAGCUACCUGUCUUCUCUACCUUCGUCCUCACCUCUGCCUGUGGAGACAAGGUGUAUGGAGCGGCAAUCCAGUUCUACGAGGCGUUCCCCCGGGAGGGGCUGUCGGAGCGACAGAGCGUGCGCCUGGGCCUGGUGAGCGUGGUGGACCGCCGGCCCAUCACUAACCGCUCCGUGCAGGUGAAGACCAGCAUCUGCGUGCUCUCGCACUGGCCCUUCUUCACCGUCUUCCAGAAGUUUCUCACCUUCGUCUACCGCUACUCCAUUUCCGGCCCCCACGUGCUGCCCCUGGAAAAGCACAUCUCCAGCUUCAUGCACAACGUCCCUUUCCCUUCCCCACAGCGUCCUCGCAUCCUGGUGCAGCUCUCUCCCUACGACAACCUUCUUCUCUGCCAGCCUGUUUCCUCCCCUUUGCCCCUCAGCGGCGCCAGUUUUGUGAAGCUGCUGCAGAACCUGGGGGCGGAGAACGCCUGCACCCUUCUCCUGGCGGUGCUGACGGAGAACAAACUGCUUCUGCACUCGCUGCGGCCCGACGUGCUCACCUCCGUCAGCGAGGCGCUGGUCGCCAUGGCCUUCCCCCUGCGCUGGCAGUGCCCGUACAUCCCCCUGUGCCCUCUGCGGCUGGCCGACGUGCUGUGUGCCCCCAUGCCCUUCAUCGUGGGCGUGCACUCCAGCUACUUCGACCUGUACGACCCCCCGCAGGACGUGGUGUGUGUGGACCUGGACACCAACACCAUCUUCCAGUCUGAGGAUAAGAAGCCGCUGUCGUGGAAAUCGCUUCCGAGGAAGCAUGGCAAGACCCUGCUGAACUCCCUCACUAACCUGCAUAAGACGCUGGAGAAGAUCUACACCCCCGGGCAGGAGGAGGCCACGCUGGAGUUCCUGCUCACGGACUACGACCUGAUUUACGGGCGUCAGAAGCAGCUGGAGCUGGAGAUCCAGGAGGCCUUCCUGCGCUUCAUGAGCUGCCUGCUGCGGGGCUACAGGGCCUACCUGCUGCCCAUCACCCAGGCCCCUUCUGAGAGGACCACCGACUGCAGCUCCCUCUUCAACCUGCAGGGGUUUCUGAAGUCGCGGGACCGGACUCAGCAGAAGUUCUACAUCCAGCUGACCCGCACCCAGAUGUUCACUCAGUUCAUCGAGGAGUGCUCCUUCGUCAGCGACCGCCACACCUGCCUGGAGUUCUUCGACGAGUGCGUCCAGAAGGUGGGUGUGGAGAAGCCGGAGGAGGUGCGGCUGAUAGACCUGGAUGAGACCCACAGUGGGGAGCACACCGUGUUCAUUAUGCCCCCAGAGGAGCCCCAGGAGGCAGACGGCUCUGAGUGCCCUGCUCUGUACAGCUACGAGACCUUCCCAUCCCUUCAGCCGGAGUUGUUCGACCGCCCGCAGGACCAGCUGCGUGCUCCAACCAAAGGCAGCGCCCCGAGUAGCCCCGCCCCACGACGCACCAAACAGGAGAUCAAGCUGGCCCAGAGGCGGGCCCAGAAGUACGCCUCGGUCCCAGACAUGUGGUCCAAGUGCCUGCUGGGGCACUGCUACGGCCUGUGGUUCAUCUACCUGCCCACCUUCGUGCGGGCGGAGACUGCCAAGGUGCGGGCGCUGCAGACCGCCUACGAGGUCCUGAAGCACAUGGAGACCCGCAAGGUGGUGCUGCCCGACGAGGUGUGCUACCGGAUACUGAUGCAGCUGUGUGGGCAGUACGGGCAGCCGGUGCUGGCUGUUCGGGUUCUGCUGGAGAUGAAGAAAGCCGGCAUCACGCCCAAUACCAUCACUUACGGCUACUACAAUAAGGCUGUGCUGGAGAGCAAGUGGCCCUCCACCAAUCAGGGCGGCCGCUUGCGCUGGGCCAAGCUGCGAAAUGUCUUAAUGGGCGUGGCUCAGUUCAGACAGCCAAUCAAACGGCGCCAGAAGUGUGGCUCUGUUGGAUCACGACCAGAUGUCCUGAGUGAGCGCCCUCCAAAGGCACGCCCCCACUCCAGUCUGAUUCGCCAGGCAAGCUGGAGCGGGUUGAGUGAAGGCUCCAGCCACGAAUCCCUGACCAGCCUUCUCGUGAAGAGCAACAGUCUGAGCAGCAUGCGAUCAUCAACUGACAAGUCUAACGUAUCGAAGAACCGCUGCGCAGACGACCCCGCUGCCCGUAAGCCCCCCGCGGGCCCACGCGACACGGCCACCCCGCCUCUGCUGCCCCCUACUGGCACGGUGGUGCGGCGCAGCGAGGUGUGCCUGUCCACCUUCUACAGAGACUGCGCUGAGACGCCCGACUGUGAGCCGGACUACAUCUGCGAGCCCGGGGAAAGAGACAGCAGCCCCAGCGGCCGGGCGGCGGGGGCCCGGGAGACGCUCAGCAGGAAGGCGGUGGAUGAGAACUGUAACAACGUCUCGUCGCCCAGCCGGGGCCUGGCGGGGAAGCUGCAGCAGCUGCUGACGCCCACGCGACACCGGGCCUCAGUCCGGCGCGCCGCCAGCGUGGACGACCGCCGCUCGGCCGGAGGGGGCCUCCCCGCGCGCAGGGUGUCCGAGCAGCGCCAGUCCCGCAAGGCCCAAGUGGCCGAGAGCCUGCUGAAGGCCAAGGAGCGCCUCUAUAACGCCACGUCUGAGAGUUCACUCUCAACUAAUAGUGAUAUUGAUACCAGUAACUUGACCUUUCAACUGAGAAAGUCCUGGGAUUCCACGCAGGAAGGAGCAGGGCUUGAGGUGGUGCUGUCUAGCUGCUCCCUGUGCCGGAGCUGCAACUCCCUGGUCUACGACGAGGAAAUCAUGGCCGGCUGGAGCUCAGACGACUCCAACCUCAACUCCACCUGCCCCUUCUGCUCGGCCACCUUCGUGCCCCUGCUCAACGCCGAGAUCUGUGACCUGGGCCCUGUGUGCAGCUUGGAGCGCAACAACUGGAACGCGGAGGAUGAGCCAGAGGCUGGCACAGUGCCACCCGCUGGACAGGAGGGCUUCCUGCGGCACCUCUAUAAUGGCGUGAGCGAGGACUCCAGCUCUGAGACCAGCGGGUAUUCAGAGAACAGCAGCACCACCCUGGUGGAGACGAAAGCCAGCACACCCUGCGGCUCUCCAGGACCAGGGUUGCCGACCCCUGCUAUACAGGGCUCGUCGGUGGGCGGGCCGCCCAUGGUGACGGUGGCCUACCUGAGCCCUCUGGUCCUGCGGAAGGAGCUGGAGAGCCUGCUGGAGAACGAGGGCGAGGCGGUGCUGUCCCAGGGCCUGCUGCUCGACAGCCACUCCAUCAUCUUCUGGAACCUGGUGUGGUACUUCCAGCGUCUCGGCCUGCCCAGCAACCUGCUGCAGCUCAUCCGCUCCUCACAGCUGGCCUCCCAGCUCUCCCAGGGGCAGGAGAACUCUGCAGUGAGGGUGAGGUUGCUGUGGGACACUCUGACCCCUGACACAGACCACUGGCCACCCCUCUACGUCCUGUGGCGGAUACACAGUGGAGCGCAGACGCGUAGCCACUGCUGGAGGAGGCACAACCACCCCUUCACCCUGGCCUUCCUGGAGGAAGUGCUGCGCUGGGUCGGCAUGAACGAGGUUCACAAGGCAGUCACUCUCUUCCUGGACACCGUUGCUAAGCAACCCGCCACUCCUCGGAUACAGAGGAGUCUGUACAGAGAGAUCCUCUUCCUCACACUGGCUGCUAUGGGCAAGGAUCAUGUCGCUGCUUUCGAUAAGAAGUACAAGGCAGCGUACGCCCGGCUGAGCGGCUCCCUUGGCCGAGAGGAGCUGCGCAGGAAGAGAGCCCAGCCGCCCAGCCCCAAGGCUGUGGACUGCAGACGCUGCUUCCUGCUGCCGCUGGAGUGCUGAUGCUGAUAUACACACACACACACACACACACGCACGCACGCGCAAGCACAUACGCACACAGGCACACACACGCACGCACGCACGCGCACGCACACAUACACACACACACACGCACACACAUACACACACACACACACACACACACACACACACACACACACACACACACACACACGCAUACAUACACAUACAUACACAUGCACACACACACACACACGCACGCGCAAGCACAUACGCACACAGGCACACACACACGCACGCACGCGCACACACACACACACACACACGCACGCGCAAGCACAUACAUACACAUACAUACACAUGCACACACACACACACGCACGCACGCACAUGCAGGCCCACGCACACACAUACACACACGCACGUGCACACACAAGCACAUGCGCACACAUACACACACACACACACACACACACACAGGCAUGCACACACAUACACAUACAUGAACACGCGCACACCCACAAGCACAUGCGCACACACACACACACACACACACACAUGUGCACACGCACACACACCCACACACACUCAAACAUGCACGCAUGGACACUAGCGCACACAUGCAUGCACACACGCACGCGCUUGCACACAUGCACACUCACAGAAAAAAGACCGGCUGUGUCAGACAUCUUCCCAGUGCUAACUCCUGCUGCCGUUGCUAUAGCCUGGCCUUUCAAUAGGAAGACAUCUGCCUGUUAUACCUCAUGCUGCUUUGGUCCCCGAUUCACCCUUAGGUUCUAUUGACUCCGCCCUGGAAGUGGUCUGUUCUGUCCAAACCCCUAUCCUACUGCUAAAGGCUGGCUGUACUGCUGAAGUAGCCUGGCUCAUGUCUUAUAUCUACACUGUGCAGCUCAUGUCUGUCCCGCCCUGAUUCAUAACCCUGCCCUUCAGCUUCUGUGCAGUCAGCCUGAUAUGAAGGUCUUUAGUGGUGAACCAUGGCGUUUGUUCAUGUCCUACCACCCCUCAGUUUAUAAACACAGCUUGUGACCUUUUGCAGAGAGCAUAUUUGAGAUUGGGGGAAAGUUUAAUGGACACCCCACAAUACAUGUUUUUGAACAGACAAUGCAUCUUUAAAUGGCCGUUUCUGUUUUGAAAUCACACAUUGCAAAAUGAUGCAGCACAUGUAAGGGGCAUGACCUAAAGUGCAUAUGAAGUAUGAACAGAUGACUGUGUUUUUCCCUCAGUAAAAAAGCAUGCAUGACAGAAACCUGCAGUCCAACAUGUAGUACCCUAUUAGUAUUAUAGUAAGCCAUCAUUACAAACUUGAAACCUGGACCCAAACUCCAAUCCCCAUUAAGCAUAGGAACUCACCGUUGCACCAGGUCUGUAUGACCAGGUCUGAUAAUUAACACACAUAAACCCGUUCAGUACAUCAGCCACACAGGGAGAGAAUGGGUACAAAAUAUAUUUUUCUUCCUUUACUGUAAAUGACUGUGAUCUCCAUUACUUUGAGAACCCGGUGGGUUUUGGGGAGCAGGGUGGCUCAUUACUUGGGAGAUGCAGUAGGAAACUUGGCUGGAUUGAUUGGAAGGGGGGAGCGGGCCAGAAGGCUCAGGACACGGCGGCCGGUGACAGCAGGACAGGAUGGUUCUACAGUCAGAGAGGCGCUGCAGGCGGGUGGGAGGGUGGAGGGCUACAGACACUGAUGGUGAGUCCCAGCCCAGACACCUGCCCAGCUGCUGUAAACCAAACCGCUUCACGGACAAGAUUGACGUCAAUAUUGUUUUUGUUUUUGUAUUUUUUUUUUUUUUUUUUUUUGAUUGAACUGUUCCCGCUUUGGGGUUUUUUUGACUGGAGGAAGGGACUGUGAGCUCCUGUUGAACUGUUUGUGGAAAUAAUUUAAGGUGACAGAGUGAAGAGGAGCGUUGAUGUCAUGUUUUACCCACGUUGUUAUCCCUAGUUACCUCGUUUUACACCUAUUGUUCCCCGAUAAAUGUGAUGGGUAUGUUUGUGUCUCCUCCAGCUGUUUUUAUGGGAUUUUUAAAGUCAUCUCAAAUGGUAGUAUCUUGGGAAAUGCCUUUUAGAAAGGGUGAACCAUUAAAGGAAGCCUACAGUGUGUAAACCACAUGCUAUGGUCUUCAUAAGGCUGUAAAAUAUGUGGCUCUGACUUACUCAAUCACCACACAGAUGUAUUUAUUUCACAUCGAACUCAUUUCGCCCACAAUUCUCACAGCAAAUCAUUUUAACUGAUAAAUCAGCUGGCAUUUUUUGUUCCCCCCCCCCCCCCAGCAGAUAAAUAUUCAGAUAAAUAUGUAAAUAAUCUAUUUUCACACACACAAUCUCAUCGAGUACAGUAGUGUAUUCUCGCAAAGUGCUUCUCCCUCUGCUUGAGAAAAAAUGCUCAGGCAAGAGCGGUUGGACAUUUCAGUCUGUUCACAAUUUUGGGCAGUCUUCCUGUGCUUACUGUACCUUAGAAGGAUAGUUUAUUAAUUAAUUCUAGUGCAUCACACACAACAUAUCAAAUUUCAACCAAAUUAAUCUGCAUCGUAGGUAGGGAUAAAUCAGUCUAGAUCUUGUUUUCAUUCAGAGAAGGAAAAUGUGUCUAGCAGGUCCCCAGCAGUUAUUGCCAUGAGAGCUGAUAUUACCUGUAAUGAGUAUUGCUUGAGAAUACUUCCUAAUGGAACCACCACUUUUUCAAGCGCUUCGUUCCACACCAGGUCUUGGCUCAUAUGUCAGACUACCUGAUUGUUUUUAACUCAACUAAAAUUGAGAGCUAUAUUUAAAUAAAGAAAUUAUAAUUGAAUUUUUAAUUGUAUUUCUGCUGGAAGCAUCCCUAUAUCAUGUAUGUGCAGUAGCACUGAAGUGAGAACUUUUCUGUUAUCAAGGGUUCCUGUUCGAAUCGGUGCAUGAUGCUGUUUUAAGGUGAAAGACUGAGGUUAAGCCAGCAUAGCCAUUCAUUGCCACAACUUUCUGGAAAGAGGAAAUAUAUAUUCAUCAGUAGGUGUAACUGUGUAAGGGGUCAAUCGGAGACAUUGUUUCCAGACCACUUCUACUUAAUAAAACAUGCAAUAAGACUAGAUGUAUAAUUGGCACAUUUGCUUGCUGCUUAACAGCUGACCAAGUAAACUCAGUCUCUUCUGUAAGAAGGUGCAGCUUCUGAGAGCGACCAUGAGACUGUCGAUACUGUUGGUGUAUAAUGGUCUUAAAGGAAAAUAAGACCAUUUGAAAUGCCACCAAUGUCAUUGUAUGUUGCUUCGAUGUAUGGGCAUUGUCACGGAAAAACGGCAAUCUUUUCUUGUCCAGAACUGUAUAGAUUAAAUGUCAAUCAUUGAGAAAAAAUUGUCCUUCCUUUUAUUGUCCUUAUCACACCAAGGCUGACAAAGCUCCACAUUGCAGUGACCUGGCCAGCAGAGGGCAAUAUGCCAAUAUGAGUCAAGUCAACAUUGCAAUAGUGAAGUGGUAACACAUUCUGGAGAAGUCGCACAGACCCGACUUAUAAUACCGCUAUUUCAAGUGCGAGGAAUUUCAAAUGUCACUUUUUAUUUUUUUAUGGGGAAAUGAAUAAUGAAGAAAACAGAAUUUUAUUUAAGAUUUACUUUUCAUGUUGUGUUUGCUGUUGUAAUUUAUAUGGCUGUGGUUUCUGUUGUAAAUGUCUGUUUUGUUUUUUUAAAGGAAAGAACAAAGACCCCUCCCCCAAAAUAAA